AUGACCGAGCAGUUCAACGAAAUCUUUUUCAAAAAAUUGGCGCACAUCUUCGACAAGUACAAGAACAAGGAUGAUUCUUAUGAUGAAGGCAUUGAUAUUAUCAACUGCAACUCAUCGGAGCUUGACGAGAUGUACAGCGUAAACAAAGGAAAAAGGGGCGGUAAGCGCGAAUCGGAUACAAAGACAAAUAUUUCUGUUGAUGAGUACGAGUUUGUGCAGGAUUACGAGGACAUGUGCUUUUCAAGAGUUGAAAGACGUGUGGAUGUGAUUGUUGUGAAGGAAAAGGAGAGCAACUUUGAUAGGUUGUAUGAGAAGGCAUGUGUGAACAACUUUGAUGCAGUUUUUGGCUCUGUUCUGAAGAAUGGUGGUUACUUGUGA